AUGGACAGCCCCUCCAAGAUGGACAACGCCGGGGUCAGCCAGCAGCCUCCUCCGCCGCAGCAGCAGCCUCAGCCGCAGCCACCUCAGCCCCAGCCUCCCCAGCCGUUCCUGCAGCCCGCUGCCUGCUUCUUUGCGGCGGCGGCUGCGGCUGCGGCGGCGGCGGCGGCGGCAGCAGCCCAGAGCGCGCAGCAGCAGCAGCAGCAGCCGCAGCAGCAGCCGCAGCCGCCGCCGCAGCUGAGCCCGGCCGACGGCCAAGCCUCGGGGGGCGGUCACAAGUCAGCGUCAAAGCAAGUGAAACGGCCGCGCUCCUCUUCGCCCGAGCUAAUGCGCUGCAAGCGGCGUCUCAACUUCAGCGGCUUCGGCUACAGCCUGCCCCAGCAGCAGCCGGCAGCCGUGGCCCGGCGCAACGAGCGCGAGCGCAACCGCGUCAAGCUGGUCAACCUGGGCUUCGCCACGCUGCGGGAGCACGUCCCCAACGGCGCAGCCAACAAGAAGAUGAGCAAGGUGGAAACUCUGCGCUCGGCCGUCGAGUACAUUCGUGCCCUGCAGCAGCUGCUGGACGAGCACGACGCGGUGAGCGCUGCCUUCCAGGCGGGCGUCCUGUCGCCCACCAUCUCCCCCAACUACUCCAACGACUUGAACUCAAUGGCCGGCUCUCCGGUCUCAUCCUACUCGUCCGACGAGGGUUCCUACGACCCCCUCAGUCCAGAGGAACAAGAACUUCUGGACUUUACAAACUGGUUCUGAACGCCUUCUACAGCCCAGGCCCGAGGGAUAGCAAACUUUUGAAGCAGGGUGACCCGACAGAACCUGCCUCUUUAGCAUUUUAUUUUCUCCGCCAGCGACACUGGGAGGAAGAAGACGAAAUCAGCUCCCCUUACCCCAAACAACACGCAGACAAACAAAAACCACCGCCAAGCCUGCAGUUGCAUAUCUCCAUCUCCCCAAGAGGCCCUGAAGUACGACUCCAGUAUCUUUGCACCACGAUUCCUGAAGAGGAUGAACAUUGAUUUAAGGGCCUGUGUUGUGGGGGGCGGGGGUGUGUGUAGAGAAGCCCAGGGGCUUCUCAGUGGCAAUGGAGUCAGAAGGAGGGAUAGCACAUGUUUAUCGUAUACAUAUGAACGCUAACAUACAAGCCUAGAGCCUAAAGUAUCGCCCCCCCCCCUACUACACCCCCUUCUCAGACCUCGAACUCCAAACCCAUCACCCAAAGUACCCUUCUUAAUCCUUCAGGAAUGGGUGGCGGUCCUUUUCUCCUUCACUCGCUAUGGACCUACAUUUACUUCCCCCAUCAGUCUGUCUGCAAUGAAACUAUGCUGUAUUCAAAGAGUCCUUUGAAAUCACUCUCUCCUAGUCCUCCCUUCUCCCCCUCCUGACUCAGACCUCCCCCCACCUUUUCCUUGACAUCUUUUCUACCGUAUUCAUCUUAAAAUGCUUCCAAUCUUUUGUGAAUUUUUUUUUAUUAUGAGAAAAUCUAUUUGUAUCUAUCCUAACCAGUUUGGGGAUAUAUUAAGAUAUUUUUGUAUAUAAGAGAGAAAGAGAGAGAGAAAAGAGAUUUAUAGAAGUUUUGUACAAAUGUUUUAAAAUGUGUAUAUCUUGAUACCUUACUUAAUAUGUGAUGCUUAUUACCUCUGCCUGUUCUAGAUAAGUAGUCAUCACCACAACUACCAUCUUUGUACAUGGUUGUGUAAAGGACCCUCCUUACAGGUGGGGCGGAGAGGCUGCGGGAUGUACUUUAGCACCAAUGUGUCUUACUUUAUAGAAACUUUGUUAAUGUAUUAAUAAUGUCAAACCCUGUUGGAGGAGGGGACGAAGUUUAUGCAGCUAUUGUCCAAACGCAAAAAAAAAUGGUAGCCAUUGGUUUUCCUAUUGCCUUGUUUUGGGAGAACUUAAAAUCACUGCCUAUUUUUCUUACUGUUUUAUUACAAACUUACAAAGUUCCUGUAUAACCCUGUUUUAUACAAACUAGUUUCGUAAUAAAACUUUUUUUGGUUUUUUUUUUUUUGUUUUUUAGAGAAAA